UCCCACGGGCUGUGCCAAUCUCUCUGACUUGGGAACUGAGAUCUAUAUAGUCUUUUUACACUGUGCUUCAGAGUUCAGACUCUAUCCCUGCAGUUACUUUUGCUCAGUUACUUUGACCAUCCAUCUUGAUGCUCUGAGCUUAAAAUGGAGCACCGAACCCCACCUCCUAAGAUUGCACGUUUCACAAAUACAGUAGGGAUUGGACCAACUAGUUGUGAUAAUUCUUGGGACAUGAAUACCAUUGGAUUUGGAUCAAUCGGAGCUGAUGGCUCAACUCCAGUUGGGCUUAAUCUUGAGCUUGGACGUGGGUCUGGACACAGCACAAAAUCGCGUGUUUUCACCAUUUUUCAGCUGCAGGAGUUACAGCUUCAAGCACUCAUUUACAAGUACAUCGAAGCUGGGCUUCCCGUGCCACAUCAUCUUCUUCUCCCUAUAUGGAAGAGUGUUGCUAACGUAUUUGGUGGUCUCAAUGAUGGGGUGCCUCUAGGCUACACUAGCUUUCUGGGGCCUAGCCCCUUGUCUUGGGACCAUAGAAUGGGCAUGGAUCCUGAUCCAGAGGCUGGGAGAUGUAGAAGAACAGAUGGGAAGAAAUGGAGGUGUAGCAAGGAAGUUGUUCCACAUAAAAAGUACUGUGAGAGGCACAUGCAAAGAGGUCGUCAGCGUUCAAGAAAGCUUGUGGAACCUGCUCAACCUACUACUUGGGAUGCUUCUAGCUCAAACACCAACCUCUCUAUUUCACUCUCUGUGAAUAGCAAUGGCAGCAGCAGCAGCAGCAGUAAUUUCUCUCCAAGAUUGGGGUUCUCUCCUGAGAGUGUUAUUCAUGGAGGUAGGUACUCAGAAAACAUUGCUCUGUAAGUAUUGAGAAGUGCCUUUUUUGGGUAGGUGUAUUCCAAAAUUUAGUUUGGGGUUUACAUGUUUUCUCAACGGGUGGUGUGCUUGGUCGGUGAAUUGUUUCAGAUAGAUGAAAUAGUUUUGACAUAGGUGCUGUUGUUUAGCGAAGGGAUGAAAAAACUCAUGGGCUCCACCUUUAAUCAGCUUAGGCCUUGGGACAAGAAUGUUUGCUGCUUAUUAAUUUUUGGUUUUUGUUUUAUCUAAUCUUUCUAUAUGUUUGAAAAA